AAAAGUAGCUAGGCAUCUCUGUUAUAAACAAAAACUGAAAAAAGAUGGCCAAGAAGGUGAGGGUGACGGAGUCGAUAAUGGUGAAGCCAGCCGGGGAGUCGACGCCUCGGGGCACACUAUGGCUCUCGAACUCGGACCUGAAAUUGCCGUCUUUUCACACGUCCAGUGUCUACUUCUACAGACCCAGUGAUGCAGACAACUUCUUUGACCUGGGUUUGCUCAAGAAAGCACUCGGGAAGACCCUCGUGCCCUGCUACCCAUUGGCAGGCCGCUUCAAGCUCAACGGCGAGAAUGGUCGUAUCGAGGCUGAUUGCAAUGCGGAGGGAGUGCUCUUUGUUGUGGCAGAGAGCAGGCUUCAAGCUCAAUGGCGAGAAUGGUCGUAUCGAGGUUGAUUGCAAUGCGGAGGGAGUGCUCUUUGUUGUGGCAGAGAGCAGCUCCGUCCUGGAUGAUUUUGGCGAUUUUACGCCCACUCCCGAUUUUCUAAAGCUCAUUCCUACCGUUGAUUACUCUGCUGGGAUAUAUCCUCAUAUCCUAUUUUGGUAUUACAGGUAUAUAUUAAAAAAGAAAGCUGUUAUUAACACUUUCAAAAUUUAUGCACUUUAUAUCAAUUGUUUCAGAGAGAAUUUGGAUGCGCUCCCUAGCUAUUAAUGUUAUUUGACUAGAACUUGUUAGUUUUUAGUUUUUUA